AUGUCACUAGGUUUCCGCGAUACAAGAGUAACGGUAGUGUCCCAUAAUUAUUAUCGAACGCUAAAUUAUUCCUAUGUUCUAAAAUCUGCAGAUGAAUCAUGGACUCAUCCAGCUUUAGCAUCUUGUUUUGUACUAAAAUGGAUUGCAAGCUAUUUAAUAGUUGUAUUUAUUCUCGGUCUAUUAACCAACGGUUUCGUAUUAUAUUUAUUUUUUAAAGAAAAACAUUUACGUAAUCCAACAAAUACGCAUCUUAUUUGUUUGAGUGCAACUGAUUUUAGCGCCGCCCUAUUAGGAAUACCAUUAUCAUUAAGCUCAAAUUUUUCAUGUAGAUGGCUCUUUGGUAAAUACGGAUGUUAUUAUGAAGGAUUUGUAGCAUACUGGGCUGGCAUAACCGAUAUCUAUUUAUUAGCUGCAAUUUCAGUGAACAGAUACCGCAUGAUUGUUAAACCGUUAACAUCGUAUAGAGUCGCAAUGAGUAAACCGUUUAUUUCUAUCUUGUUAUGUGUUUUCGGUGGUUUGUUUUGGUCAUUAAUGCCUAUGAUCGGUUGGUCUUAUUAUAUGUUGGAAGGUGUUUUAACGUCCUGUUCAGUUAAAUGGCAAGAUCGAACAUUAAACGUUAUUAGUUAUAAUACGGCACUCUUUAUAUUUGGUUAUUUUUUACCGUUAUCUGCCAUGAUUUACUGUCAAUCUAAAAUAUUUUGGACAGUGAGUAUACAUCUUCUAUAA